AUGACAGCUUUAGAAUGGACAACAUUAAGUAAAUUAACAGAACAUAGCUUACUUAGUUUUUAUGGAGCAGGUGGACAACCUGCAUUAACAGGAUUUAAAUUAUGGAAAGUAGGAACAUACAAGUGUAAUAUAGUUUACAUACUUACUGGAAUAAGUUUAUUAACAUUAUUUGGUGUAUCUUUAAUAGCACCACUUGGCGUUCAUACUUGUACUAUAAUGUAUGAUACAACAUCAAUAGAAACUAUCGUUGUUAAGCCAGACCUACUUAGUUUUAUAAUUAAUGAUACAUUUUCUUCAAAAAAAUUGGCACAAGUUAGAGUAAUGUUAGUUAGUGAAUUUGUCAAUGAAUUGUACCUAGAAGACUUUAAUAAGACGUAUAUCAUUAAUAAAACUGAUGUAUAUCCUUAUCCUUCACAAUUACAUCCACUUGGUAAUAGAAACCAAAAUAUCGAUCUUUUAUCAAGAAGUAUUAGGUAUAGUCAGUUAAUGCAAUUUAUUGUGAUGCAACAUAUGAAUAUGACCAGUAAUGGGACUUUCAUCAAAUCAAAAGGUUUCGGUGCUUCUCCUAUUUCUGAACCGAAAUCAAUAAGUUCGACUAAUGAACUUCUUAAUGGUAUCAAUAAUACAGAUAUAUAUCAGACUCAAUGUGAAGGGUUUGGUCACAUUGAUACAAUUGCUGAUAAAACAGUUGGCAUCAAAUCUAGUGUAGAGGUUAUCAAUAUGCAAACUAACACGAUGAGUAAAAUUAAUGUGUUGGACAAACAAACUAUCCCAAUGAAGUGGUAUAUUGAAAAUGCUAACCUUAAUAUUAAUGACAUGUAUCCUUGGUGGGGUGGAGCAGGCAAUACGUUCUAUUGGGGUUUCACCACAGAUGCACAAACUGCUGGUAUUGCUGGCUUAGCAAUUAAUAUUAUGCUUAAUAAUUUAGUUAACGAUGAUUUGCUAGAUUUAACUGAUUAUAGAGCAGAUGGUAUUGGAAAUUUAGCUCUACUACAACAGUGGAAAGAAAAGGGCACAACUGAAGAAGGCAUAAGCG